UCGCACACGGAACGGGUCCGCACGUGCAGUGGCUGUAAACUUUGAGCCAUGGCGGGCGCGUUUUCACAGGAGCUCGAGGAUCUGCUGAACCCUUUGCCUAAAUUCGCGGAUCCGGAGGAUGAUGAUGAUGACGAGGCGACCAAAGCCAGAGUGGUGGACAGGUUUGAUGAGGAAGACGAGGAGGAAGGGCCGGUCAGCGCUCUGCGGAAGCGCAACACGACCCUGCUCUCAGACACGGACAGACGGUACGUGGGGAAGCCAGUGUCCCGAAAACAGCUGCUGAUGGAGACUGAGGAGGAGGAUGAUGAGGAGGAGGAGGAGGGUGAAGAUGAUUCAGAGGGGGAUGAAGAGGCAGAUGACAAUGAAAAGGGUUUAGAUGAUGAUGAUGAAGAGGAGGAGUUGAUGGGCAGUGAUUCAGAACUGAAUGCUAAACCUAUCAACGACAAGAUGAAGACCUCUGACCUCAUCUUUCCUCAGAAAGUGGACUUCCGCAAACUGACAGAUGGUAUGGAUAAUCUGGGAGUGAGUGAGGAGGAUGAUGAUGAUGAAAGCGGUGAGGAGUCUGAAGGCAGCGAUGAAGAGGAGGGCUCUGAUGAUGAUGAUGAAUUGGAAGGUGAUGACGAUGAUGGAGCCGUGCGCACGUUUUCUCGGGACAAAGUGGACGAGGAGGUGGAGAAAGGGAAGGCGGUGAAGAACCAGCUGGACCUGUGGGACCAGCUGCUCGAGGGCCGGAUCAAAAUCCAGAAAGCUCUGGUGACCGCCAACCAGCUCCCUCAGCCGCAGACCUUCCCAGAGUUCAAGAGGAGGGGGGAAGGGGAGUUCGCGGCGGCGCUGAAGAACACCCACAAGGCUCUGAAGGCUCUGCAGAGGUCCCUGCUGGAGCUGCACGACCAUCUGCUGCACCAGAACGCCGACACGAGAUCCAUCGCCACCGGGGAAGACGAGGAGAUAACCAGCGACGAUGAAGAGGAGGGGUCGGUGCGGGAGGCCGUAGCGCCCAAACGAAAACUGGAGAUGGCAGAGUACCCGGACUUCAUGGCCAAACGCUUUGCAGCCUUCCAGCCUUACCGCGACGCCACGCUGCAGAAGUGGCACGACAAAACCAGGCUGACGACGGGCAAGAGCGGCAAAGGUUUUGGAGCGUUCGAGAGGAACAUCCUGACUCAGGUGGAGCAGGUGCUGAUGGACAAGGAGAGGCUCCUGAAGCGGACCCAGACCCAGCGCUCAGAGUACCGGGUUCUGGGGAAAGUGGAGGCCCCUCCUCUCACGUCUGAGAAUGCCCCCACGGAGGGAGGCGAGGCAGCGCGGCAACAGCUGAAGUCGAACACGCAUCUGAAAGAUCUGGAUGAGGACGUAUUCGACGACGACGACUUCUACCACCAGCUGCUGAGGGAGCUGAUCGACCGCAAGACGAGCGCGGCGGACCCCAACGAUCAGGUGGCUAUGGGCCGACAGUGGCUGGCCAUCCAGAAGCUGCGCAGCAAGAUCAAGAAGAAAGUGGACACUAAAGCCAGCAAAGGGCGGAAAGUCCGGUUCCACGCCCACAGCAAGCUGGUCAAUUUCAUGGCGCCCGUUGACCACAGCUCGAUGAGCGACGAGGCCCGCAGCGAACUGUACCGCAGCCUCUUCGGUCUGAGCGCGUCCGUGAGGGGGUCGCAUUAACACAGAGAUCAGGACUGAGAGCGAGCAGCAGCUCUCCUGGAGCAGGAACUCAAAACAACAUGCAGUUAUCUAGAAAAGUCUUCUAUUUUAGAUAUGACCUGAAAACGCGCACACUGUGUUUCCAUCACAUGUGGAUGAAGUAAACUGAUUAUUUGCUCUCAUUUUGAGUUUCUCUAAGUAAUGAGUCCCGGCAUAUCCCUACAGUUGUUGUUUCAUGAAGUUUCCUGGAGCUGCAGGUUUAUCCGUGUUUUUGGUGCUGUUAGUGCGUAGUGUUGAUUUUGGGGCACAGCUGGGAAUAUGUGACAUUACAUAUGUUACAGCUUCCCUGGAUGCACUCCUCGGCUACAGUAGAAAAUUAAUUUUCAGGUUUGACCAUUAUGUAAUCGUUAAAUUCAUGUUGUGUACUUUAUUACAGAUUUACACCCUGACAGGAGCAUUUUGGGAAUCUGUUCACGGCGGCGCUCACAGAUAUAAGGACACAUUUAAGCUCUGAUAAAAACUGAAAGCUAACUAAUGACACGCCCACCCAGACUGUGCAAUUUAAAGCCAAAGCUUGUUUUUGUUCAGCAUCACAUUUUUCUAUAACCAGCUUUGAGCCCUGAUUGGCUGGGGGCCCGUCCAGGCUGUACCCCACCUCUCACCCUGUCACAGCUGGAUGGGUGUCGGCCUUCCCGUGAUCCUGAAUAGGAUACGCAGUUAACAUCUAUGACUUCUACUAACGGGAGGUUUUAUCUGUUUUCUGUUAAUUCGCUGUUUUCACAUGGAGCUGCAAAGGCCAAUUUAAAAAAUUACCCCAAAUGCUUUUUUUUUUUUCUUUCUCCAGUGAAUUGAAAAUUUAAUUGAAUCUGAAAAUCAUUAUUUCAGCUUAUUAAGUCAAAAUUAGGGUUAUAAUUGGUCUGAGGCUUCCCGACUCAAAAUGCUGAGAAAAUAACCAAAAAUUGAGUCGAGUCACAGUUUUGAGAUAACUGCCUGAAAUUUCGACUUACACGUGGCAACAUUUUUUCUUCGGUCAUGGAAGUUUUUUUUUUCCAGUGGUGAAAAUAAAACAGAUGAAACCUCCGAUGCUUGUUUCUGUUACUCUACACUGGUGACGUUUUAGUAUUGAAACUGAUACACGACAUCGCUCUGAUUUGGGCUUCAGAUCGUCACGCUGUGCUUAUAAACUAUGACUUCGCCGGUCCUGAUACAGAUUUCCUUUUAUGCCUUUAUGAUGAUGUGUAGGUUUGAAGAGCCAAACUUAGAGAUGAAGUUUUAUAGAAAUAAAAUAAAUAAAUUUGUGAUUAAAAUCAAAA